AUGUUCAUUAAUUUAAUACAACGGUUUAAUCCAUUCAUCAACUCGUCAUCAUUAUUCUUAAAACGAUUAACACGAUUUGAGCAAUCACUGGAAACAAUGCAGGAAUCGAUAAGUCUAUCUAAAACAUUCAAUAUCACAUUAUGUUUAAGUCAUUUAUUGUUAAAAUUGUAUACCCAUUUUCUGCCAAAUUUUAUGCCAACAACGGAUUAUAAUAACUGUAAUAAUAUUUCCAAAUCUGGAAAUCCAAUUCCAGAGGAUGCAGACUUACGGAAUUAUAUAAAGAAUGAGAUUGAUAAGCUUGAUUUCGAUGGAGUUAUUGGAUUUAAUAACUGGAUAAAGCAUGAUGUAAUCGAUAUUCAUGGUAAAUGCUUUCUUCAUUCCUAUUUUUUUGUAUUAAAACGUUUGAAUCAUGGAUUUUCUACGCACUGA